ACAAAAUCGCUUCCUGCAUACGAAUGAGUAUAAACAGAGGUGAAGGAAUAAAGAAAAGCUUUUGUUUCGUACGUACGCAUUCAUUGUCGUUCGGCCGUUCGCUUUCGCUGCGUCCGCGUUCAUUCAAGUAUUUUAAAGCUUGUCAAUGACAUUUGGUUCCAAAGUUCAUUCGCAUUCCACUCGUUGAAGAAGUUCAGAGAAAAUUUUCGUUGAAUGUUAUCAGUGCUAUCAGUGGUUCUCUGCGUAAUUUUGUAAACAAAAUCCGAAUUAAGAUGGAAAAUCAAAACCCGUCGACAUCUGUAUCAACAGCAGAUAAAAGUGUAGGAAAGAAAAGUAAAAAGCGUAGUGAAAAUAAAGUGACUCUCGCCGAUAUUGCGAAAGGCUUCAUUCGAAGAGAUGGAGCAAAGACUUCAUGUGCCAUUGAUCCAGGAACAACAUGCAACUAUACUCAAGAUAGAUUGGACAUUGGAAACUUCAUUCGACACUUCCGGACCCGUCAUCAUGAUUUGGCUGUGGCGAACGGGUUAACCAAGGAAGAGGAAACACCGGCAAAGAAGCAGCGAGUUGUGGCAAAACGUCCUGUACCAAUUGACAAAUUGUUGUUUAUGGAUUCAUUGGUGAAACUGAUUUCGUACCACAACAUGCCCUUGGCAUGUUUGCAAUGGGAAGGAUUUAAGCAACUCCUUGAUCCUUUGGCAUCAGCUGUUGGUGUAACAAUGAAUCCAACAAAUAUGAAGGCUACGGUCAAGGAAAUUGCUGGCAGGAUUCGCGAGGCUAUAGCAGCAGAAACGAAAGGUCGGCUUAUCAGCCUCAAAAUUGACUCAGCCUCUAGACACAACCGCCAUGUACUGGGCAUAAAUGCACAAUACUCAAUCAACGACAGUGUAGUGAUUCGCACUUUGGGAAUGCUGGAAAUAAAAGAACGUCAAACGGCCCGGUUUUUGAAGAGUAAAAUAUUGGAGGUUGUGAACAGUUACGGCGUUGGAAUAAAUCAAAUAUUCUCAGUGACAUGUGACAACGGAGCCAAUAUGCUCGCCGCAGUUCGACAACUCAAGCAGGAAAUAGAGUUGUUGGCCUUGGACUCAGAAUACACCGAAGAGCAAGACAAGGAAGACCAUGAGUUCACCACAGCAUUAAACAACGAGUUCAAAGAGAACCUCAAUCUCGUUCGAUGUGCGGUUCAUACCCUGCAACUGGCAAUUCUGGAUGUAGUUGACAAGUCGAACGCAUCAUGUAGACGAGUAACAGAUAUUGCCAAGAAGUGCAAACAAAUCAAAUACAAACCCAGUUUUGAGUUGGUAAAGGCAUCAUACCCUCCUGUAUGGGGUCAAACCCGUUGGGGGGGUAUAUUCAAGAUGAUGCAAAGUUUUACUGAGCAGGAAAAUUUUUUCAAGGAGUUGGCCCUGCAGUUCCCAGAACUUGAUCUCUCUAAUGACUGGGAGUUUAUUGGUAAUUAUGUGCAGGCGUUUAAACCGUUAUACUACUGCACGAAGAAUAUGCAGUCGGAACACGUGUCAUUGCCAGAUUUUUAUUUGCAAUGGCUUCUGGCUGUAAUGGAAGUGUCGAAGCUCACGCAAAACCCAUUUGCUACUCCGUUGACUGCUGCGUUGACCAAUCGUAUAGAAAACCUCAAAACAUCCAGAGCUUUCAAAAUGGCACUGUACUUGGAUCCUCGACUGAAUUACAUGGGCUCCAAGCUGUUUACUAGUGAUGAAAAAGAGCUAAUACAGAACUACAUAAUCGAAACGUACAAGAGGAUUUCAUCGUAUCAAAACCCGGCACCAUCAGCUGCCGUGGCCUCUCCAGCUACUACUGAGACAACUGAGGAUGACUUUGAUCACUACUUAACAGAGCUGUUCGGAGAAUGCUCUUCUUCAACGGGAGAAACUAGGGAUUCUGCGUUUUUACAACAGCUCAAGGCUCUUGAGGUAGAGCCCAGACAAAAUCACAGCCAUGAUGUUUGGAAGCAUUGGACAGACAGAAGAACCACCCAUCCUGAGCUAAGUGCCGUGGCUUCUGUUGUUCUGGCUACCCCAUCCAACCAGAUAUCAGUUGAAAGAGCUUUCAGUGCUUUGGCGCUUAUCUUGACAGAUCAUCGAUCGACACUAGGUGAAGAAAACCUUUCAAGUAUUCUCCUGGUGAAGUUGAACAAGGACCUUUUCGAAGAGAUUAUGCCAAGCAUGUGCCAACCAAAUGGUACUACACUCGAGUAGCUCUCUUUUGGUUUUUGAUUACCUAAAACGAAUAAGAAAAAUCAUGAAGCAAAAUAUUUCUUAUGUAAUUUUUUUUUUUUUUUGAUCUCAUGGUUUACUUGGUAUUCUUGAAAUAAAUGUGUUGAAUAAAAGUUUUGAUUUUUAAUGUACGCCCCAUAACGUGAAAAUGCAUGAAAUUGAGGAACAACUGACCAAUCUACCCCCAUUCGUCUCGUUUGCCUAUCAACAAUAUACUGGAUUACGUUGCUAACUCAACCAUAAAUAGAGUAUCAGAAAAUUUCAAAAGCCAAACAAUGUUGACUUGUUUAAAAACAUCAUAAUUCCUGAUAUUUAUAUCUUUGCUUCCUUUUUGAUGAUGGAUCAAAUCUUGGUAUUUCAACUCGUUGCCUGAAUAAACUUUGGAUGUUUCUCAUUUUUCCACUCAUGUUUAUUUUCCGUUUUCCACCUGCAAUGAAAUAUAAACAAUGAAAAUUUGCUUCUAAUACAUGUGCCAUAUUGAUGGUGGUGGUUAUAUCCAGGAAGAUAUUAUUUAAACUUAUGGCUGCAAAUUUCCUGUCUUCUUGUCGGAAAUAAUCUUUGUUACUGGAAGUAAUUAUUAUUAGUUUGAUCAAAAAACUUCUAUUUGAAAUGAUAGUCUUGAUCGUAAUGAAAAAAAAAAUGACAGCUAAAUAUCGCAGUGGUACAUGUUUGCUUGGAUCAGAUGUAAUUAUCUGAUUUCUAAUUUCAAUCAAUCACUUUUUAAAAGCAUUACAGAUUUUGAAAGAAAAACACAUUUUUUUGCGAAAUUUUAGAAAUGUUUACCAAUCGAAUCGCUUAU